CAAAAUGAAGGUCAUCUACAACACUUUGUUCAAGCGCACAUCCACCUACGCAGUGGCCAUCAUCGCUUCGGCCUUCUUUUUUGAGCGCGCCAUCGAUGUCAGCUCCAACGCGAUCUUCGAUUCCAUCAACAAAGGCAAACAAUGGAAGGACAUCAAGAGCAAAUAUGAAUAGACGUGCUUAAGAACGCUAGUUAUAAAUAAAACAGUUAUGAUGUUUCAUUGUAAUUAACAUAAAAAUGCGACGUUUAUUGUAAACGUAACGAAAUCCCAAUAA